UUCAGAAGGAAGUAUUAUAGGUUGCCAGAUAGCCGUAAAUGAAUUUAUUGUCGAAAUAUUUUAAAUAACGUUUUUAGGAAAGUAAAUAAUCUUAAUUUCUACAAAAUAUUUAACAACUAACAUUAAAAAAUAAGUAAUAUAUUUAUAAAAGAUGAUUUAAAAUUUUUAAACAUUAACAUUCGACGGUAUGAGAAUGUUAACUCUAAACAAAUAUGGCGACUUCCACAAUUUUAAACACGUUGUUUGCCAAUUUUUCUAAUCCUUUUAGUACAUUACCUGUUAAAGGAAAAACUUGUAAAAAUACUGUUAUUGUAACAAAUGAAAAAAAUCUUAUCUAUAUUGUUCGUAUAUCUGAUAAAAAACAAAUAAAGAGUUGGUCAUCAAAACAGUCUUUUCAGUUCACUUGUCCAACUGUUUUUAAUCCUGUGGAAAAUGAAUAUUCUGUUGUUCAGAAUGGAACUAUUUUAAGGAAGUGGACAUUUGAUGAAGACAACUUUGAAAAUGUUUCAAAAAUAAAAUUUAAAGAAAUAAUUUAUAGCCUAAUUGAAUUAGAUGAUACUGAACCUAUAGUUGUAUUCAACAAAGGUGAAUGCCAAUUUCUUCAACAUGCGAUAAGUAGUAAGAAAGAUGAUAAAGUUAAUUAUAUUCAAGAUGAUGACAUUUAUUGGGUUGAUGGCAUUUCUGAAAAAGCAAAAGUUUACAUUGUGUUGCUCUCAAUAAAUAAAGAUCAUACCACAAGAACACUUCAUUGGAUGGUGAUGCCAAAGACUAAAAAUGCCUCUUUAAUACAACAGUCUGUGAUAUUGAAGAAGGAAAAUUUUCAGCCACUUACUUGGUGUUUGCAUCAAGAUAAAAAACAAUUAAGGUUUUUAUUAUUGUGGUCUGAUGGAGAAUUACACUCUUAUGAAUAUGGAAGUAAUGAUUCAAAAAAGUUGCAUAGUUUUAACUUGGUUGAAAAUUUAUCAAUUAUUUUGUGUCCAUUGAAUACAAAUCAUAUUGCUUUACUUUCUGCAUCAAAGACACAAGAAUUUGAAGAUCCUUUUGUUGAAAUAUGGGAUUUUAAAUUUUCAAUUGCAAAAGAAAAGAAAGUUGUACACAUUUUAAAAGAAGACAUUCAGAUGGCUUAUUUACAUAAACAUUUAUUUAUUUUUGAUGGAAAAAAUUUAUAUUCUAUGGAAUGUGAUAUUAAAUCAAAUGUAUUAACUUCUCUUCUUGCGAUAUCAUCACAUUCAAUUAAAAUGAAUGAAGAUAAGACUGUGGUUAAUUGGAAUGAUGAUAAAACUCUGACCAAUAAGAAUGAUGAGAAAAUUGUUGUUAAUUGGAAUGCCAAUGAAGAGGAACUGAUGGAUUUAGAUACGUACAAUAAAGAAGAAAGUAAGAAUGAUAAAAAUACUUGUAUAUCACAGUUAAAAUUAACUGAUGAUAAAUUUUCUAAAAUUUGUGAGGAGAUUCUACUAGAACCUAAAUCCAAUAUCAAAAUGCUGACUGAUUGUAUGAAUUAUUGGAAACAAAUUCCCGAAGGAGAAAUGAAAAAAUUACUGCAAUUUUGUCUUAGUGUAAAUGAUGAUUACUUUAAGAAUAAUUUUAAGUCGGAUGUUAAUCAAACAGAUACUGAUCUUUGUCCGUAUUGUCCAGAAAGAGCAAUGUUCUUAAAUAAAUUAUUGAAUAUACCAAUCAGUAAUAAAUUUUUACAAUCAUAUCUACUUUCUGUGCAGUUUCAAGAUAUUUUGAAUCUUUUGCAGUAUCUUCUCUAUUUGUUAAAAUUAGAGCAUAGGUCUGAAACAACAUCAGAGCAUCCUUCAUUUGAUGUGAUUCUUCAAUGGUUAUCUCUAUUAAUUGAUACUCACUUCACAAAUUUUAUAUUAUGCAAGGAUCCUCAAACCUAUAAAGUUCUUUCAGAUAUUUCGGACAUGAUUAAAGUUGCUAUUGAUGAUUUUAAGGAUAUGGAUAACUUGGAAUUAUUAUUGAAAAUGGCAUGUACUCCAGAAGAAGAAUAUAGUGAAGAAAUGAAUACGAGCUGUAAAUAUUGUAUAGAAAUUCUGUAUAUAUAACAGAAAUGUGUGUUAGUUGAUAAAUGUUAAUAAAAUAUUUAAUUUUUAAAAAAAAUUCUUGUUUAGUUUGGUUCUGGUUUAAGUAAAUUCUGAUUUUUCUGGUAAAAAUAUCCAAGUUUCCAUAUUUCAGAAGUAAAAUUGUUAUGUAAACAUCUGUAUAAAUACAGGGUGUCUGAAAAGUUACUGUUCAAAGAGAAAUUUGUAAUGACAUUAAAGUUAUAUGUAUACAAGAACUGUAAGUCGUAUGUUCCUUGUUUCCACUCUGUGGUAGAUGACAUUACUGCUUCUCAUGAACAUUUCAGUUUUGGAAGACUUCUUUGCCAAUUCCAUAACUGGCCCCUGUAGAUCUCCAGACCUUGCUACCUUGGAUUUUGGGACCUACUAGGGACAUUUUUGGCAUAUCAUUUAUAAAACUUUUAUUAAAAUUUUACUUAAACCUUUUUCACUACACAGUAAUGUUAUCAGAUAUCCUUUAGAAUGAUAGAACUAGUAUCUUAAAAUGGCCAUACAUGACAGUAAAGAUCCUACUGGUUCCACAGAACUUGUUUCUAAGUCAAGUCCUCAGAAAUGUUUAUAAUUGAUUCAAUCCAGAUUUGUUAGUCCUUGUAUCUCACUAGCUGUUAAGUGUUGUGGGCCUAACUGAAUCCAUGAUUUAGGAACAAGUGGAGACCUUUUAAUACUUACAGAACAGAGAAGUAAAAGGAAAAAAAAUUAUUGUUAAGCAAGAAUAAUUUUAUAAAUAAUUUCUUGUAGAAAAUGCCAAAUAUUUCUCUAACUUAAAAAAAUUACAUGUAAGUUUUACAGUAUAUUUAAAUGAAUAAAAAAUCCCAUGAAUUUUUUGGAAAACAAUUCAUCGGAACCUGUCUCUCACUACUUGGCUGCCUUGUAGUCCUGACUGAACUCAAUGCAGUGGUAGUGAACCUACGACAUGUAAGGAGAAAUCAUCUGGUACAUAGUGUAUCAUGAUUUCGAUUUAUCAUCUCUCUUUUUCAAUCAUCCAUUUGGUUUAUCAUAUGAUCAUCCUUUUUUCAAUCAGCUUUUUGCAUUUAUUCUAAUUAAAGUGUAUUAAUUUAUUUUAUUUAAAUAUCAUUAUUCGAAGUCUGAAACUUUGACAUGCAUAAACAUCUUUAGAUUAAAGCUAAGUAUGCUUACUACAUGACAUGCAGACUCAAAAAGGUUUGCCACCCCUGUCAUAAUGGACUUGCAAACAAGGCCUAAUUACUUCCCACAGGGCAGAGUUUAAAAAAUGUAUAUUUAAAUAUGUUAAAUUGAAUUUAUGUUUUUACAGUUUAAAAUUACAGGUUUUACAGUUAAAUUGAAUUUAUGUUUUUACAGUUUACUUAAUUAAAGAAAGG